AUGCCUCUCAAAUGGUUCCGGAGUCACCGAGACAGCAGUUCCAUUAAUACGGAAGAUGAAAUUACCCGGUCAUCGACGGAGGCCACAAGCACCAAGCCAAAAACCAAGCGGAGCAAGUCUAUGACACAUCGAUCUCGACGAUCGCGCUCGCAGGGUCCUGGUCUGCGUGCCAUGAUUGGCAUGGGCCGAUCGAUGCAGUACGAGCUCGACAUGUCGACUGCAGUUGCAGCUGAGGAAGAGCAGCGACGUAUUUUGUACCAAACCAAGAACCAUCGCCGAUUUACCAUCCACGGUAUCUCCACUCAUCACAAACAUAGUGAUGCAGGCUCGAGCUGCAACUCUACGCCAGCAGGAUCCCCAAUGCCGCCGACGACUCCAAGUCAUGCACGCGCAUGGCAUUACGGCUUGGGCUCUAAUCGAACGUUGCAUGGACGCAGCCCACGAACUCCGCUGAAGAACUCUCUCACGUCGGACUCGCACCCGUCGAUCAUCUUCAUCGACUGUCCGCCGUAG